AUUCGGUCGUUUUAGCUCUUGGCGGCGGAUGCUGGUGAAGAGCGGGCGCUCAGUGCGCGCGGCCUGAUUAUAUUUUGCAUCAUCUUCAGCGGCUCUCCUCCCAUCAAUCCACCGCUCCAGCGCAUUGUGAUUCCAGACCGCCCAGCUAGUCGGACACUUCUCGCAGCUUCUUCAUCCUGGCCCAUACCUGUGCUUCUUGUGACUUGCAAUAGUGACACUUUUCGAAAACACACACGUGCGCUUAAAAUAGGAUACUCGACGGAAGUUAGAAGAAUUUCAUUGCUCACGAAAAUAUGUUCUGAGCGGAGGAUGGAGGGCAGACCGAAAUUCGCACUGGCCACUGCUCUGGCGUUGGCAGCUCUUCUUCUAGUCAGUCCCGCUCAAGGGAUCGAGUGCGUGCAGUGCAAUUCCGAAGGCUCUUUGGAAUGCGUGUCGUCGCCCCCUGCCGCCAAACCGUGUCCUCCCUCAUCCAAGUACUGCAUCACAGUCCAGGAGACUUUGGUUGAAGACGGUGCUUUGUCGCUGUUGACGCGAGCUUGCAUUCCGGUGGACCUGGGAUUGAAGUGUCAGGAAAACCAGCAGAGUCCUCACGGUGACAAAAUCAACGUAUGCCACGAGGUGUGCAAAAGUGACGGCUGCAAUAAUGAGCCGUACGAAGAGUCCUCCGAAAGUGGAGCCGCUCAAACCAGCGUUUUCUCAAGUCUAUUAUUUUCCACCGUGCUUUUGUUACUUCGCCAAUGGGCAUGAAAAAAAGAGUGAAAUAUAAGAAAGAAGUUUGGACUUUUGUGAUAUAAAAGCGAAAGAGAGAGAAAGAGAGGUUUUGGAAAAUUAAACCAGGUGCGCAGUUUCAAAAUAAUUUCAAAUUUUUUAAUUUUAUUCUCAAUGGACAGAGUUAUUUCAGUAGCGUAAAUUAUACCAUAGUUAUGCAUUUUGCCCGCAAUUAAAAUAACACGUUGGUGUAAUUAGUGGGGAGAGAAAAAAAAACAUAUAAAGAAGGCACACGAGAAGCAACACCUACUUCCGCCAACUUGUAUAAGAAAGCGCCCCCUCGUCUGGUACACUCACACGUUUACUGUAAUUUAUUCUCAUAUAUCUCAUGCAGCAAUAAAUUAUGCAAAAUGACGCGUAA